AUAUAAUGGCGGCCCAGCUCUUCCCUAAAUAUCUCACUCAAACGCCACUCCAUCCAAUCUUGCUUCGCUCCCUCACUGCUCUGCUUUCUUGGCAGCUGCAAUGGCCCUUCAUGCACACAUUGGCUCCGUACUCCCUUCCACUCUCUCCCUCCACAAAGAGACAAGAGCAAGCACUGGGAAGGACGCUGCGUUCUUGGGAGUUUCACUCUCUGAACAUCAAAAAUCCGACUUCAACCCUUCCAUCCUCAGAACCAAGAGAGCGGUGAAGCAGACGGCGUUGGUGGGCAGCGUGAGGGCGCAGACAGCAGUGACCACCCCAUCGAUCAACAGGGCCUCUGCCGAUGCAAAGAAGACACUGAGGAAAGGAAACGUCAUCAUCACCGGUGCUUCUUCGGGUCUGGGACUUGCCACCGCUAAGGCCUUGGUAGAGAGCGGCAAAUGGCAUGUCACCAUGGCCUGCAGGGACUUCCUCAAGGCUGAGAGGGCGGCCAAGUCGGCUGGAUUGUCCAAGGACGGCUACACCAUAAUGCAUCUCGACUUGGCCUCCCUCGAUAGCGUGAGGCAGUUUGUGGACAAUUUCCGGCGGUCGGGGAAGCCCCUCGACGUGCUCGUCUGCAAUGCCGCCGUCUACCUGCCGACGGCCAAGGAGCCUACCUACACCGCUGACGGCUUCGAACUGAGCGUCGGAACAAACCACCUCGGCCAUUUCCUUCUUUCCCGCUUGCUUCUCGAGGACAUGAACAAAUCAGACUACCCAUCGAAGCGCCUUAUCAUUGUCGGUUCCAUCACCGGAAACACCAACACAUUAGCGGGGAAUGUGCCACCGAAGGCCAACCUCGGAGACCUUCGUGGCCUGGCGGGAGGCUUGAACGGGGUGAACACAGCAGCCAUGAUCGACGGAGGGCAGUUCGAUGGCGCCAAGGCUUACAAGGACAGCAAAGUCUGCAACAUGCUCAUGAUGCAGGAAUUCCACAGGAGGUUCCACGAGGAAACAGGGAUAACCUUCGCCUCCCUCUACCCAGGAUGCAUCGCCACGACCGGCCUGUUCAGAGAGCACAUUCCAUUGUUUAGGCUUCUCUUCCCUCCAUUCCAGAAGUACAUCACCAAGGGCUUCGUCUCCGAGGAGGAGUCCGGCAAAAGACUGGCUCAGGUGGUGAGCGAACCAAGCCUGUGCAAGUCGGGGGUAUACUGGAGCUGGAACAAGGACUCUGCUUCCUUUGAGAACCAGUUAUCUCAGGAAGCAAGCGACACCGAGAAAGCCAGGAAGGUGUGGGAUUUGAGUGAGAAGCUGGUGGGACUUGCUUAAAAAGAAACGCAUUGGGGAGAGGGAGAGAGUGCGUGUGAGAGUGUGUUAGUAAUCGGGGACGAUUGUACGUUUGCCACUAAAACAGCUCUGUUUCUGUUUAUGAAAUAAUUUUUCUCAA